ACUCUAGUAAAUCAGAAUGUCUCCAAAGAUGUGUCCACAAAUCAGAGUCAGACAAAGAGAGAGACGGAGAGAGAGAGAGAGAGGUAAAGAAAGCAGUGACUCCGCCUCUCCCUCUCUCCAGUCUUUAUUUUCUGUUUCUCAGUCUGAAGGACAGAGAGAAGGAAUCAGAGAUCAGGACACGAGGAGGAGAGAAAAGGGGCGCACACACCGAAUCAUGGCCACAUCCGACACGGCAGCGCAGCGCAUCAUUCAAUCAGAUCCCCGCACACCGAGUCUCAUACCACGGAUCACCGGCAUCGGAACCGAGCUGACUGAGAGCACGGCGGAUCCGCGGACAGAAUGAGGGUGAUUUAUAUCCAGAACGCCGGCGCGGUCGCUGCUUUCUCGGCUCAGACACGGGGAGGGUUUCUGCGGUAGAUUGAAACAAAGGAAUAGCGGAGAAAUCAUGAUCGCACGCGCCACGGGAAAGAGAAAACGUCAUAAUGGAAUUGCGAACGUCAUAAUAGAAUAGCACGUGUCAUUAUAGAAUAGAACACAACAUACUGAUUGUCGUUCUAAUUGUGAGUGAUUCAUUGUAGCAGUUGUAUAGGUGCCAUAGAAUCAUGUUCUGCCACAUUCUGAUUCCAGUGGAAUGUGUCAUUUGAAUAUUAUGCCUUGUAGAAUAUUUUUAGUCCGUUUAGUAUCCCUGUUUUAUUGCUCAUAACUAGACUGAGAUUAUUUUUUUUCUUAGAUAGCCUACCAGAGCUGACCAUAGGUAGAAUAGAUAGACGCCUCAUUGAAAAAUAAGUCAUUAUUGACAAUCAUAAAUUAGUUCAUAUGUUGACAUAAUUAAACCUUUCCUUGUAAUUUAUUUAUUUAUUUAUAUGCUAAUUAGGUCUUAUUAGUUUUAUUUUAUAUUAUCAAUAUAAUUCGAAAGCAUUUAGUCAAGAUACUAAUACGUAAAGGGACGUGUCAAAUGUCAUCCUCCCGGGUGAUGGAGACACAUAGGCCAGGUGACCCGUCGGGCCCCUCGGUGGUUGCGGUGGCCCCUGAGGGCCCCGGUGAGGUCAAACGCAGCAGCUCAGGUGUGAAGAAACAUCAUCACAAACACAACCUAAAGCAUCGUUACGAGCUGUUGGAGACCCUGGGAAGAGGAACGUACGGCAAAGUCAGGAAGGCCAUUGAGCGGCAUUCUGGAAGGGAGGUUGCCAUCAAGUCUAUCAGGAAGGAGAAGAUUAAGGAUGAACAGGACAUGGUUCACAUUCGACGAGAAAUCGAGAUCAUGUCGUCUCUCCGCCACCCACAUAUCAUCUCUAUAUAUGAAGUGUUUGAAAAUAAGGACAAGAUUGUGAUCGUCAUGGAAUACGCCAGUAAAGGUGAACUUUACGACUACAUCAACGAACGUAGACGCCUGACUGAGCGAGAAACCCGACACUUCUUCAGGCAGAUUGUCUCUGCUGUGCACUUCUGCCACAAGAAUGGUGUUGUUCACCGGGACCUUAAACUGGAAAAUGUGCUACUGGAUGAAAACUGUAACAUAAAGAUUGCUGAUUUUGGGCUGUCCAACCUGUACCAUAAAGACAAACUUCUGCAGACUUUCUGUGGUAGUCCACUGUACGCAUCCCCAGAGAUCGUCAACGGAAGACCAUACCGUGGUCCAGAGGUGGACAGCUGGGCUCUGGGGGUGUUGCUGUAUACGCUGGUCUAUGGUAGUAUGCCAUUUGAUGGAGGAGAUCACAAAAAUCUAAUUCGGCAAAUCAGCAAUGGAGAGUACCGAGAACCAACCCAGUCAUCAGAUGCUCGUGGUUUGAUCCGUUGGAUGCUGAUGGUCAACCCUGAGCGUCGGGCCACGGUCGAAGACAUCGCCAAUCACUGGUGGGUAAACUGGGGAUGGAAGAACAGCGUGUGUGACUGUGAAUCGCAAAGGGAUGCUAGCUCGCCCAUGCUGGCUCGUCUCAUUGACUGGCAGAACCGGACUGAGCCUCGACCCACUAAAGCCAUCCGGUCCGAACCACUGGCGCUUGUCCGUCAACGGCCAAAAAAGUCAAAGAAAGAAAAUGAUGUUGGAGUUUCCCACUGUAACGGCGAAGACAGCCUGGGUCUCAAGAGACCAAAGGGCAUCCUGAAGACAAGAACUUCAGAAGAGCAACAUUCUCCAAGUCUGGAGGAGAUAGAGCUGGUACCAGGAACAGGAUCCCCAGAGAAGGAUUCUGGGCCAGAAGCUGAUGAAGGUGAGGAGGAGCCAACACUAACAGGCAACUCUCCUACUAAGGUAGUCUCCAUCCUUCCCAAGAAGGGAAUCCUAAAGAACAACCAACAACGGGAAUCAGGGUACUACUCUUCCCCAGAGCGCAGCGAGUCCUCUGAAUUGCUAGGUGGCAACAUUACACCCCUUGCCACCAACUCCCCGCCCAAGCGAGCGGUUGGUAGGAAGGGCAUCUUGAAGCGCAAUGGCAAGUAUUCAACAUACAGCGGUGCUCCUCCCAUGAGUGUCCUCGGGGAACCAGCACCUGGCGAUUCCGGUUUAUCCCGCAGUCAGAGUCGCCCAUCCAGCAUUGUGAGGGAGGAUAGUGAUCCCAUCACUAACAGUUCCUUCAACGGUACUGACUGGCCCCCACCCACUACCCGGCCCAAGAUCAGAGGCUGUUUGUCUGCAGAAGACCUUCUCCAGCUGGCCAACUUUAAAGUGCUCCAGGUGGCUCCACCCCUGCACAGUGGGAAAUUCGGCAGAGGAACGCAGCACUCUCCUGGGGAUAAUAGCAGCUUCUCACUGCUAGGAGACCUUGAUGAUAUGACUCAGGUGUACCAACAAGCCCUGGACAUCAGCAAUAACCUGUCAUAGGGAGAGGGGGCCAAUUGAGAGUGUUGAAAGUGUAGCAAGUGGAAGAUGUUUGUUUGGCAUGUUGUUGACGACCAGUGUAAUACUGGGAUUCUACGAAUGUGAGUCAUUUUUUCAGUGAGAUGGAGUUUGUACACAAAACCAUUAUCCAAACUUCUAACCAUACCUAUACAACCCUACCCUACCGUACCCCUAAUCCUACCCAAUCUCAUACACAGUCAAAACUUGUAUUAAAUACAACUUGGGGGAUUACAGUUUAGGAGUUUUUAAAGUGUUCAAAGUAAGUAACAUUUAAGUCAGUACUCUGGGGCAUUAUCCCCCCACAAGCAAGAGAUUCAAUUAAAUGUUUACGUUAUAAAUAAAAGGUGUGUUAACAUUUCAGUCUGAGAUCAUGGAACUGCAGUCUUGAUGAAACAAAAAGAGUCAACGUGAGUUUAUCAAGCACCUUAAAACUCUUACAGAGCACAUGUCGUUUGUGGUCUUUACUUCCAAAAAAAAAAAAAAAAAAAGAAGAAACCAGGGUCUUUCUCCAAAAGAACUGUUGUUGUCUAUUAUUUAUUAAUAGUUUUUGUAGGUUUAGUGAUAGAAAACUGGUGUGGUCUGGCAGUACUGGAAGAAAAAGAAACUCAAAUCUCUCGUUUUCCUUGGUUGGAACUGACAUAUAUAAUUGUUAUCUUGCUGUUGGUUAUUGAUAUAUGGUUUAAACUGCAUAUGUAUCGAUCAAGCUCAUAUUGAUCCUAUAAUCAUAUCUAUAGAGCAUAUGUAAUUAUGUUGGAAGUGCCUUUUUUAAUUAAUAUUAAAUUAUGUAUGUCAUUUCCUUGAGGUGGAGAGGGAUACUAGAGGAAGCUGUCAUCAAAUGAACAGCAUUUUUUUUUUUUUUUUUUUUUUUUUUUUAGUUUUUACUGAAUGCUUAGAAGACCCAGGACCUCAGAGUACAAAGCCUACCCUACAUGCUAAAGAACUACCUAAGAUGAUCAUAGCCUUUCAUAGAAUUUGCCUAACCACUUAUGAGGAGCCAGUGUUUACAAUGCAUUAUACACAUUAACAGAUUAAGUUGGUCCUUGAUCAGCCCCAAAAGGAGCUUGUUUCCAGAGCCAUCUACAUUAUUUCCACAGUAUGUGUGUACCAUUGGGUAAUUCAAGGUUCCAACAUCCCAGAUUGGUUGUUUCUGAUUGAGUCUUAACAGGAACACGCAUGCAUGCACCACAUGUUUCUCUUGAAUGGUACUCUUGUGACUUCUGGAUUGGGUUAGGUGAUUGUUUAGGAUUUCUGGACACUUUCCCCUUAACAGGGUCUUACACAAGGUAGAAAUUUCAGACACACUCUAAGCUCCCAGGAAUGUUCCAUGCAGUGACAAGCUUGUUUGGCUAUUUCCAUAAGUUUUGGCUUGUAGGAACAUAGUGUCUCCUGGUGUUUAUCUGUUGAUCCUUGGGGAUUUGAUUGCUCAGCUCUAAGAAUAACAGAUUAUUGGUUCUCUGUUGAACUUUGAUGCCCAAAACACCCCCGUCAGGGCUAAAAAAAAGAAAAGAAAAAAGAAAAAGCAGACCGAUUCGUUUCAAAGCAGUGAUGAGCAAGCAAAUUCCAUAGGCUCUUCAGAGGCAUGUUUGGACUAGAUCUUAACACCAUGACCCAGAGAGCUUCCCAGUGUCGUAGGUUUAAUGGGAAAGAAGCUUUAUUGUUUCAGAAUUUUUGGUCUUUUGUGUCUGUUUGCAGAGUUUAAGUUGAAUGUACUGUAAGCAGAAUUUUAGUUUUAGGCUGUUGUCUAAAUGUUUUUAGAAGGUAAGUGUGCAGUAGUUGUAGAACGAAGAGAUGUUUACUGAGGUAGAUUUAUGAAAGUAUAGAUGGUUGGGGGACACUUUUCCAGUAAGCAGGAUACAUAGUUAGCAGCAUUCACUGGAAAAGAUGAGAAUGACAAGGGUAAUGUAGAAAUAGAGAGAUGAAGAAUGUAGAUGAAAGGAAAAGGGAAGUAUUUUAAACCAAAGACGUGUUUAUGGGAAAAAACAUCAAAUGUCACAAGUGAGAUGCAAAAGUUAGCAAAAUUGCUAAAUGGUUAGCAACAUCAAUUAAAAGCAAAUAUUCUCUGUCCUUUUUUUCCACCAAAGAUUUACAACUGUAAAAGAUUGUGGGAGGCAUUUUGUACGAAAGAGGUCCUGGGUAGAUAUUAUAGACACACCUAACGUGUAUUGUUUUGUACUACAUUUCUGUAUUGCAUUGUAUUGUCAACUGGAUUCACAGUGAUCAAAUUAUACUAUGUUAGUAUUUUUAUGUUAUUGCGCUUCUGUUUUUGAUUCUCCAAAAUAUUGUUCUUAUUGAUUAACAUUACUGAAGAACGUUGUAUGUAUAAUCAACGAUUUCUCCUGGUCUUAACAGGUUUUUUAGUGCUAGGCGAGCAUACUGUGCUAAUGCUAAUGUGUAGCAUGUAGCACAAACAGAUGAUAGACCACACUACUGCACAAAUUUCAUCAGGGUCAUUUAAUUCAAGCGUGUCAUAAAUUUCAGAAGCCGCCUCACAGAUCUGACCCAAUAUUUGGUGUCAUGAUAUUCACUAUCAACGUUAAGUUGAGCAACCACUCAAAUGUGCCAUUUUUAACCAUAGUGCAAUUAUUCAACUGAGGUUGAAUGCCAUUAUCAGAGAGGCGGCCAUUUCAAAUCAGAUGCAAACAGCCAAACUGGAAAUACCUGGUGCAUAUUAAUUAGUACGAAUUCAACGCAGAGGAAAAUUUGACUGGAUAUUGUUUUUGACAGUACUGAAAAUGGUAGUAUUAUGUUAUUUAUGUAUUAUUUUUAUUAUGGUUAAUUACUAUUGUUGGUCAAUGCCAUAAUCUUUUUUGGGGGUUUGGUAUCAGUUUAAUAAAAAACCUGGACUGCCAAGGUAUUUUUCAUUCAGUGCCUUUGCUAUCUUUUAUGAUUUUUGUUUAAUUUUUUGAUAAUGAAAUAAUUACUAUUGCAUUUUUAAACUCUAUUUAUUGGUGGUGAAGCCAUUUUAUUUCAUUUUACACCAUUGCAUACACAUUGUCUGAAACAGUGUGUGUGAGUGUGUUUAGACAAACAAACACUGAAGACAACAGGAAGAGCAGAAAGACAGAGAGUGAGAGAGUGUUUUGUGGUCAUGUUGUUGUGUAUUAUAGCUUUGGUUGUGUAUUCAGUUGCUAAGCAGCUUUGGUUGUUGUUUGGUGGAGAUAUCUCGCUAACCAGCAGUGUUUUGUACCACAAACCAAAUCUGUGUAAAACCAACUCAAUAAACAGAUAAUUUCAAAGGAA